GGCACCCUGCGGCAGAGGGGCACGGCACGGCACGGCACGGCACGGCACGGCACGGCGGCCUCCGCGGCUCUAGCGGCUCCCGACACUCACGCGCGAUACGAUACUGGCUGCUCCUCAGUUGCAGACAGCUGUGAAUGCGGUGAACAGAUCUGUGGUAACAGAUUUCUUCUUGGCUAUGUCAGUACUGAGUGGGAAGCACAAGUGUGGAGUUUGGCAUGGAGGAGAUCCCAGUUAAAGUUGCAGUCCGAGUCAGACCUCUGCUUUCCAAAGAAAUACUUCAUAACCACCAAGUGUGUGUCAGAUUAGUCCAAAAUGCUAAACAAGUUAUCAUUGGAAAGGACCAUGUCUUCACUUUUGAUUUUGUAUUUGGCAAAAACUCAACCCAAGAAGAAGUUUAUGCUGUUUGUAUUAAGCCUCUUCUAGUGUCUCUGACUGAAGGAUACAAUGCUACAGUGUUUGCAUAUGGACAGACUGGUUCUGGGAAGACUUACACCAUCGGUGGUGACCACAUUGCAUCAGUUGCAGCGGAUGAAAGGGGCAUAAUCCCACGGGCUAUUCAGGAAUUAUUUCAUCAUAUUUCUGAACAUCGAAAUAUUAACUUCCGUGUGAAGGUAUCCUAUAUAGAGGUUUACAAGGAUGAACUUCGAGAUUUGUUGGAGUUGGAGACCUCUGUGAAAGAUCUACAUAUCCGAGAAGAUGAGAAAGGAAAUACAGUGAUUGUCGGUGCUAAGGAAUUCCAAGUAGAAUGUGCAGAUGAAGUGAUAAGCCUGCUGGAAAGUGGCAAUGCAGCUCGUCACACAGGCACAACACAGAUGAAUGAGCACUCUAGUCGAUCUCAUGCCAUUUUUACCAUCAGUAUUCAUCAGAAGCAGUCUGCAGAAUAUCAGAAUGCUGCACAGGAUUCAAUCGCUUCAAAGUUUCAUUUUGUGGAUUUGGCUGGAUCAGAGAGGGUAGCAAAGACUGGAAAUACUGGUGAACGCUUCAAAGAAUCAGUUCAGAUCAAUAGUGGUCUCUUGGCCUUGGGAAAUGUCAUCAGUGCCCUUGGAGACCCAAAAAGGAAAAGUGUACAUAUUCCAUAUAGGGAUGCUAAAAUUACUCGUAUUCUGAAAGACUCCCUUGGAGGAAAUGCCAAGACUGUUAUGAUAACAUGUAUAAGUCCAUCCUCACUGGACUUUGAUGAAUCUUUAAAUUCCCUCAAAUAUGCCAACAGAGCAAAAAACAUUAGAAAUAAACCAGUAGUAAAUUACAACCCAGAAAAAGACCGAAUUGAUGAAAUGGAACUUGAAAUCAGAUUGCUUCGGGAAGCUUUGCAGAGCCAGCAGGUCAGUAAUCAGCAUUUACAUGACUUAAAUGAAGAAAAAGCCCGUAUCAGUUCACUUGAGGAGCAGCUCACUCGCCUUCAGGUUCAAUAUUUCAGUUACAGAAAUUGUGUAGAUGAAGCCUUACCUUUUCUGGUUGAUUUGAAUGAUGAUGUUAGCUUAAGAAGAAGCCAGCGAGACAGGUUGCAGAGCUGGAUCACUAUGGUACAGAAAAUAAGGAAGGAAGCUCUCAUCGUCCAGGAGACUGACACAGGGACUGAGACCAGCCCUGUACCACAUCACAUUACAAUUCUUCAGCUGAAGAGGGAACUAAAGAAAUGCCAGCAGGUACUACUUAUGGAUGCAGAACUAUUUAGCCAGAAGAAUCAUGAAGUGCAGAUACUGCAGAAUCAGAUAAAGGCAUUACUACAAGAAAAGAAAGAACAACAGGAAUUUUUAAAGGAGGCUCAAGAAACACAAAGAUUACAGACUGAGAAAAUGGUGGAACAACAUAUAGUCAUUGAUCAGCUAAAAUUGAAAUUAGAGAAGUUUACAGAUGCUAAAGCUUUAGAUUUCCCAAGUGCUUAUGAAGAUGGGCCGGCUGUCAUGGCAUUUGCUAGGAGGCCCUACAGUGUCUCAGUCACAAAAAAUCUGCGCCCUCUUCACCUACCUUCAGGGACAGAGAUCCAAAAGGGGUAUACCAGCCCCCCCAUCUUGUCUCUGGCCCAGAUAAUGGCAGAAUUCCAUAUUCGCAGACAGAUUAUACUGAGCAAGUUAGAAGAUCAAGACGAAGUCCUUCACUGCCACCUCUCUGAUCACAGUGAUGAAGAGGAAGACAAUGCAGGCUGCAAAGAGAAAACCUCAUAUAAGCGUUCCAUAAACCGAACAUGGACACAAAAUCAUACAUCUCUGUGCUUUCUUCCUGAUGUAAGUGGCAUGAAAUGUCAAGUAGACAAGUCUGGUUUGUCCAAUAAAUCUGCGCUACAAACUGACACAACCACAGGUGAAGAGAUUGACAGCCUCCAGAAAAUCCAUGUUGUUAACAUGCAGAAGUUAAAGAAUUCAGAGUUGAGACUUGCUAAGGCUGAGCAAAAAAUAAAAGAACUUGCACUUAAUAUCAAAAGGAAAGAGGAACUUAUUAAGGAUUUAGUAAGAACAGGUAAGGAUGCUCAGUCUGUAAGCAGGCAGUAUUCUUUGAAGAUAAGUAACCUGGAGCAAGAAAUUGAGCAGGCCAAAAGAGAAGCGGCUGAAACACAAAAGCAGCUUCAGGAGCUGGACAGUAAAGAGCUGAGUGAUAUUCCUGAGAAAGUCAUGUUACAGAAAGAGUGCCAGAAGAAGAUGGAGGCAGCAAAGUUGAAAGUGCAGACCUUACAGAAGAAGCAGGAAGACACCAAGAAUUUGGCUUCAUUAUCUAACCAAAGUGAGAGAGAAGCAAGAGAACUUGAGCAGAAAGUGGCUCAGAUGAAAUAUCAGCAAUCCCAAAUACAGAAGAGAUUGUGUGAGGAGAGUGAAAAGAAGAAGCAACUGGAAGCAGAGCUUCAGCAGGACCAGCAACAAAUUAAAGAACUUCAACUUAAGAUGCAGCAACAACAGAAGAUCCUUAAAAUUAAGGAUAAAGAAAUUGCUGCUUUUAAAAAGAAGAAAAAUAACUCAGUGGGAACUCCACAGAAACUACAGAAAUUAGAAGAGCAGAAGAAGUGGCUGGAUGAAGAAAUGGAAAGAAUUCUUCAACAGCACCAACAAUUAGCAGAACUAGAAGAAGAUUUAAAGAAAAGAGAAGCCAUUGUAGCAAAAAAAGAAGCAUUAUUGCAAGAGAAAUGCUACCUGGAAAUCAAGAAACUAAGAUCUAGCCAGGCUUUGAACAAAGAUAGUAUGAAAUUGUCUACCUGCUUAAGUAUGCUGGAUCAGGAGCUGUGUGAUAAAAGUAUGCAGCUUCAGGGCAGCACCACUGACAAGUCAGACAUUUUGGAAAAAGUUCAGGCUCUCCAAAUGGAAAGGGAUCAGCUGCUCAGAAGGAGAAAUAGUAUGGAUGAGAAACUGAAAGAUGGUAAAGUGUUGUCAACUGAAAUUGUUGGCCUGUGUGAGUCUGAACGAAAAUUACAAGUGCAAAUUGAAGAACAGGAAAUGAAGUCCAUACGCCAGAAAAACAUGAUGCGUGAAUUAGAAUCUGCACUUGAACACAUCAAGUUGCAGUGUGACAGGCAGCUGACUCACCAGCACCAAGAACAUGAGAAAAAAAUACAGUUAAUAUUGAAUAAUUUCAAAGAACAAAAUAGUGAAGGUAUUGCAGAAACCCUGAAAGGGUAUGAAGUAAAAAUCCAACAACUGGAAAAAGAUUUAUUUUUCUAUAAGAAAACCAGUAGAGAGCUGAAGAAGAAAUUGAAGGGCCUUCUUGGAGAGUCAUCUGAAUAAUUAUUGUAUUCCAGUAAAUAAUCCAGAUGUACAACAGAGCUAUUCAUGUGGAGGAGAAAAGAAGGUUCAGUUUCAUCACUGUUUCUGUUGUUUCAUACCUCUCAAUGCCACCACAAUACCUUACAUAUACAAUAUAGCCUUCUUGGCCUGUUGUUGUUUCUUUUUAAGGCUCAGCAAGACUGGUUCUUCCUCCCAGCGGAUGCUUCUGUUUCUUUCACUCAGUGCCGUGCCUUCCUACAGAGAGAUGCUGAUCACACGCCUCUACUCACAGAGUGAAUUAGGGCUCAGCCCUUUCCCUCUAGGCAAGAUAAUGAGCCUUCAUAUUCAUUACUAUAAAGUACACUAUCAGACUAUGAACAUGAAUAUUCUAGAGACUGGAUAAUGAGUGAGCAUGGGAAAGACUAUUCUGUGUCUAGUAUACACAGAAGCAUGUGGUUUAGGAUAUGUAUCUUUGUGGGCAAACACGUAGCCUUGGCAAAUUAUAGCAGUAGGAAGAAGGGAGAACACCCCUGUGAAUUUCCAACUUUUUCCAAUGCAUAUAUUUGCAAGUUUUGUAAGAGAUACUCUGCAUGGAGUUAUUUUUCUUUUUAGUCCAUUAUGAAAUAUGUUGCUAUACAAUGCAAUUAAACUGUAUUUUGUUACUGAGCUUUAGAAAUAAUAAAAUCCCUGUUUGUAUAUUGCAGUCAAAUUUGCAAAUGUCUUUUGUCUCUUGUAUUAGUAUAGUUGCUGACUGUUUUUCAAUAUAUGAAUAAUUUCAUAUUUGUCAUGGUUGUUUUUAGACUGCUUACUGGGAUACAUGACAAGUUAGAAUGGUGAACCUUGUAUUAACAGCACCUUCUCAGAUGACAGUAAUGGCAGGUACCACUUAUGUUUUUGUAGAUGGUGAACUUUUUGAGUAGAAAGGGCAAAAUGUGAGGUGCGGAUAACUUUUUUCCAUGUUCAUGCUGUGAGUUGCUGAUACUGUAAAACCAUAUUGCCUACCUAUGUCAAGCACUCAGAGAAAUUGUAACUUUUAGUUAUUUAUCGGCUGAUAAUUUCAUUCUAGGUAACAGUAUUGGUGUUAUCCAGUCAAGAGGAAGCAGAAGUUGCUUCUGAUGAAUUCAAGUGAAAACAGCUGUUAACAAAGUUCAUGUCUUUACUAACUACAAGUAAAAGUACUUUUUGAAGUAUCAGAAAACUCCCAUUCUGUCAGUCUGCUCAGUGUAUACUUUAAGCAAUGAAUAAAAAUAGUAAUAAAAUAAUUUAAAAUAAUUC